AUGUCCUGCAGCCACCAGGAGAGACGAUUAGAAAUCAGGACUGCAGGAAAGCCUGUAUACUCGCCUCCAGGCUCAAGCCCAGCCUGGUCCUUUCUAUUGGUCCACAGACUUGCCAUUUACUGUUGCACGCUACAGGUUUUCCAAUCAAACACGCGCUUGCCGGCAGGCCAGCGGCACAGCCAGUCACGAGGCACCUCCCAUUGGCUACUUUCCUGUUACUUUUAUUUUCCUCUCUAUCAUUGGUCGCCUUGGAGGCCGCUCUCUUCCUGCGCGGGCACUCCCAGAGAAGGGGUGGGUUGCCAGGGGAUCUGCUAACGACAAACGUGCGCGCGGGGUCCGUCCGGUGAACAAGCAAAGCAGGCGCGGGCUUGAGGUAGCUAGCUGUCCGAUGGACCGGAGCCUGUCGGUUUUCACCAUCCAUGACAGCACUUUUGGAGAUGCUCUCCAGGGUCAAAGCCACUACCAGCCAUCCCAAAGCCAGACUUGGAGCCCCAAGAGCCCAUCCAGGUCCCAGAGAUCCAGGCAUCCCAAAGCUCCCACGGUCACAGCCAGUUCCUCUGAGCUGUUUGAGGAGUCCUGGCCAUCCAGUUCAGGGACUUCUUCUUCACCCAGCACAACUGAAGGACGGAUGGACACCUCCCCUACACCUACCCUGACUGACAGUGGGGACUCAGUGAUGGCCAAGUAUAUAAACAGGUUCCGCCAAGCUCAGCCUACAAGCCGAGAGGAGCGCCAACCUGCUGGCCCAACUCCAGCUGACUUUUGGUGGCUGCAGCCUGAGUCCUCAGCUUCCAGCAGUCAACUUCCAGCAGGAGUCAAUAACCCAGAAGGAAGACCCAAUACAGCAGCAGUCCCAACACAUACCAAGGUGACCUCUGCAUCCCAGGCUGUGGCUCCCCUUCAGGAAAUAAAGCAGAGCCUCAACACAUGGAACUCAUCCCUGCUGGACCUGGAGACACUAAGCCUACAAAGCAGAGCUGCCCGGCUGCUCAAACGCAGCAAAGCCUCCAUCUCCUCCUCCUCACUCAGCCCCAGUGAUGCCAGCAACUCCUCCUUCCCCAUUAGCUCCGAUGGCAUCUCUCCCUUCUCUAUGGCCUUCACCCCUGACCCCAGCAAGAACUCUGGCCUCACAGCAUCUGGUAACCCAGGCUGGCCUCAAACUAGAAGUCCUCCUGCCCCGUCUCCUCAGUGCUAGGCUCUGGCUUCCUCCCAAAUGCCCCUUCGACCUGAGGAUGACAUUUUGUACCAGUGGCGCCAGCGGCGGAAGCUUGAACGGGCUCAAGGAGGCAAGGGUGAUGGAACGAGGGUGCAACCCCAGUCCCCAGCCCCCACCACACUGACCUCUCCUGCUCCUGCUGUGAUCCUUGGUUCCCUGGGGACCCAGCCUAACUCUGUCCCACCAUGGGGUAUCGUGGCUCAGCCUGGUCCCUCAGAAUCCUUCUAUGUAGAAAGACCUCCUAUUCCACCAGCGCCCUCUCCACAUAUCUUCUGGGCCCCCAGCCCCCACGGGUUCUUCUGGGCCCCACAGCCUAGUCCCUGGGUGUCUCUUGGGACCCUUCCUCCCACCCUGCUGACCUCUACCCCUACUCCCCCAGUCUCCAUUCUGGCUCCUCCAACCUCCAUCCCAGCGCCCUCGACCUCCACCCUGGCCUCUACCCCAGCUCCCCCAGCCUCCACCCUGGCACCCCCUGUUGCCCCUCAGAACCCGCCUACCCCUGAGCGAAGCAGCUCCGCCCAGCCCCCAAAGCGAAACCCCAAGCCUCGGAGGGCCAGAGCCUCGCACCCCUGGGAGGCUGCUAGGCAAGUCACGGACAUAGGCGAGGGGCCUGGCCCGCAGCUCAGAGGCGCCCUGGGCCAGGUGGUGACAGCUCGGCUGUUCCCCGACAGCCUGGAGGACACGCCCCCUCGCCUUGAGGGCUCGCGUCCACCCGAGGCCGCACCCGCCAAAGCCAAGGUUACGGCCCCUCGCCCCGAGGCCACGCCCCCUCCGGAAUCCCCGCCCAGGUCUAAGGCCCCGCCCUGCACAGGCAAGGCCACGCCCCCCUCAGGAAGGUCGGUACUUAGGAAAGGCAAAGCCACUGCCUCCGAUGACACCGGGUGUCUGCAGCCCGAGGUCUCACCGCCUGCAGCCGAGGAGGAGGCCCUGCCACCUGCGUCCAAGGCGGGGUUUCGUGAGGCUGUGGCCACGCCCUUGCCUGGCCAGGUCCCCUCGGAGGACUUGCUCUCGCAGGCUGUCCAACUUCUGCAAGCUGCGGAAGACUCCGAUGGCAGCGAGUUUCAAGACGACCCGGUGCUGCAGGUGUUAAGAGCUCAGAGAGCAGAGCUUCGGCAACAGAAAAGGGACGUGGACGCCCGAUUAUCUCUCCUGUUGGACCAUGCUGAAGAACCCGGAUCUUGGUCACCUCCAGCCAGGUUGCCCGCAAAGUCCCCAAGGAGGCGACUGCGGAGAGAAGGAGCCUCCCUGGAGGCUAUACCACUUUGAACUGUAUAAAUUCUGUUCUGCCCACUGAAGUAUUUUCCUCCCUAAACUUGCUCAAGCCCCUUUCAUCUUAAAACCUUAUAGUUGUUCUUCACAACUCUCUUCCCUCCCACAUAGUCAACCAGCAAAUUCUGUCAUUUACACAUUGAAAAUGUUCCCAGAAUUCAGCCCCUUUCUCCCACCUCACUCUAGGCUAUCACCUCCUCCCUGAACUGCUGGAAACCUGUCGUCAAUAUUAUAAACAUGUCCGCUCAUUCUUUGAUACAC